GCUGAAGUCAGAACUGCGGUAACUGAGAGCGGGCGUUUUGGCAGCAGAUGACCAGGACGCCAAAACGGGAGCUGAAGGAAAUGCCUCUGUCUCAGGGUGAUAUCCCACGGUCAUCCUGCAGCAGGAAGCUUUGCAGGAACCUGUUUGGGCCAGUGGAUCAUGAACAGCUCCAGAAUGACUUCCAGUCCAUGAUGAAGGCGGAAUUGAAGGAGGCCCAGCGCAAGUGGAACUUUGACUUUGAAACAGAAACCCCACUUGAAGGGGACUACAAAUGGGAGAAGGUCUCCCAUUUUAAAGUGUUGUCACCUCAAGAGCUGUUGAGCCACUCAAAGGAGAACAGUUGCGUUGGAGACAAGACCCUCAGCUCCCCUGUGCUUCUCCAAAUACAUGCGAAGACAGACAAUCCUGGGCAGGGGAGUUUUGAGGCUGAGUCCUCAAGGCAUUUGAAACGAAAGCAGACGAGCAUAAAAGACUUCUACAGCUCAAAGAGAAGAACUAUCCCAUACAAAUCAAAUCCAUGAUGCUGCAGAGCAACCAAAAUGUCUGCAGUUUCUUUGCUGAAGAUGCUGUCUUCACUGUUAUUAGCUGAAAUGGCCUAACUGGGCACAACAACCAAUGGAGUCACCAAGACAAUUGUUUGAAGGAGCAGUUAAUCAGAGCUGGGACCUUUGCUCUGAUGACUUUUGCCACCCUAUUCUAUUGCAUAAAACUACAUAGUGGUUAUAACACUUGGGAAGAUUAUAGAACUCUUUAUUUAUGAGAAGCACUGGAGACUGAUGUGCAAUGUAGUAUUGUAAAACCUUAUCUUUAAAACAGUUUUAAUGUGGCUGGGAAAGAAAAUGUGUUUAAGUGCUAACUGUGGUGAGUUAGCAUGAUGCUUGCAAUGAAGGAUCAGUGCAAGUUCUGGCUGUGGCUGAGACUCCUGUCUAGCACAGUAACCAUUUGCCGUCUUUCAUAUAUUUGCCUCAGGUAAAACUUUGCUUGUAUUCUGUCCUCCCCUUGCAUUCUGUCCUCUCCUUGCAGUUUCCCCCACAUUCCGUUUAAUUCCUGAAGCUCUCUGACCCCUAAAAUGGUCUUUCCUAUGUUUGCAGGAUCUGUGCAAAGGAACAGCUGCGAAGGUCAAUGCGCUGGACUCAUGGGUUGAAAUCGACCCCUUUCUUUAGCAGAGUGGUAGAAAAGGAGUGAUUUCACCUCCUUGGCCUCCUUUUUCCAGCCCUUCCCAGUUUGUGCAGCUGUUUUCUCCAUGUGCUGCUGUAAGCAGGGCCGUGAGCUUCUCAGGGAAGUAGUUGUAAAAAGAGAAGAAUACAGGAAGAUGAGUUGCUCAUGCAUGGAGUGAGAGCAUACUGACUGAUAUCUUUACAGGAUGCUUUCCUUUAUCCUUCUGUGUUAACAUGACAGUUGUUGUUGGUGAGGUGGGGAGAGAAGAGAAGGACUGGCUUAGUUUAGCAAGCUAAUCAUCCUUUCAUAAGGGUGGAGGCCUUGGUGUGGUGGGCAGUCAAUGUCCACUUAGCCAUAGCUUUACAAAUUUGAAUGGGAUUCCUUGCUCAGAUAGUACUGGAUUGCACCAAGUAAUUAUAGCCUUGAUGCUCUACUGUGCAUUUUGAACUUUUUCAUAGGCAAAAUGGUCAAGGACUAUGAAUUUUCAUCUUGGUGCAAGUCUGUAGGAGUAACAGUAGUCUGGGAAAAGAAAUGCAGCCCAUGGUAGCCAUGAGUCUCUGAAAUAUACCUCGCUACCUUCUCUGAGCUUCUUUUCAGGAAAUAUAUUGGGAUAGUUUCUCUAGUGUAGUCACUCUACCUGAUUUUUGUACAGAUCAGACCUCUAGCGCCCUUAAUUCUUCUUUGGCUGUAAUUGUUCUAAACGAACUUAAAACUGAAUGGCCAGGGACUGAGGUUGUUGUGGCAUGGCCGGGUUUCCCCUAGGGAAACUCCUGUGCUUUGGAUGAUAAGGAUUUAGUCCUACAGGCUUUCAUUAACUUCCACAGCUACCUGUGUUCUGGCCAGCUGUGUUGAAAGACCAGGGCACGUUUAAUCCUAUUGAGGAAAUUGGCACUUGCCUCUUAAUACUGGAGCCCCAUUAUUUUCUCAGUGUGAGAACUGGAUUCAGAGGGUUUCAUGCUACGCUUGAGGUGGAUGAUUUGGUUGCCACUGGUGUCUGAUUGUCAAAACCCUCAGGAGUUUAAUACUGACUUUUGAAAUGAAGGUGUUAGAAAUUCAGAGCCCACAUCUCUAAUAGCACUGUGCAAGCCACAGCUGUUAUUGUGACUUGCCUGUUUGCAAUAGGCUCUUAUUUUUCAUGUUCUCAGCAUGGGGUAGUUGGGAUGGUAUUCCCUUCUGUCCAUAUCAUGUGAGCUCUGCUUUAUGAAGAACUUCUCCUUAGUGAAAUAAGGAGGAGCUGAAACUAGGAAGCAGACUCAAACCUCUGAAGACACCCCAUUGUGGUUACUGAAAGGUACAUUCCACUUGCCUGCUUCUGUGUUGCAGGGGAAAAUAGUGGGGGUAACAACUUACUGGCUUGUUCAGUUUUACUUUUGACAAACACUACAACUGUGUUUUGUGUAGCUUCCCCUUUUUUUAUGUGUACCCUACCCAGAUUCUAGGCAGAGUGCAAAAUGGGGGAUGGGGUAAAGCAUCUGAUGGAUUGCAAGGGUAAUUGUGGAGGGAAUGAUACAGGAGCAAGAACUGAAGGACUACUAGCCAUGUUAUGUUACAGAACAUAUUAAAAGACUGUGUUUUUGAGCAAGUUCUCAAAAUACCUUUGCUUCACACAACUCAUCUGAGCAUUUAGGGACCACCUUGUAAGAUUAUUCAGGAGGUUGCUUUAGAAGUAUCCUUUCUGUACAGAAACCUACAGGGGUUGGGGGAAUGUGUGGUGUUCUGUACUACACAACAAUGUGUGGUACAAGAGCCACCCUAACUGAAGCACAGACAUGGGCACUUUUUAAAAAUAAAGCUAGUUGAUUUGCCUAUGGCUACCUGACCAUUUUGGUUAGAGUUGCCAUGGCCUGGCUACUUUGACCAUCGCACUUUUGUAUUCAGGAUAAUGCUAGGAUGCUGUCAGCGUUAAUCUGUUUGUGAAUAUAAUGCUGCUGUGUUAAAUAGUUUAAAAAUAAAAUGGCUUCAUUGUGGAGCAAUAUGCUCUGUGUGCACUGUUUAUACAACCUCCAUGUGAGUGCAAAACCCGAAUGGUGUGGACAUUGAGGACUCUUAGCCAGGGUAUGGUUCUUAACAUGUUUUAGGAAAUGCAAUCUGUGGUACUAUUACCUGCUUUAUCUUAGGUGUAUGUGGAAAAGCAGGGAAAAAGACAUGGAUAAUUAGUAUGGGCCCACUUUGCAUAUUAAAUACACAGCCUUUAGCAGCAGGGAUAUGUAUUCUCAACAGAACAGGUAUUGGAGAACCUUGGCAGUGCUACAGGAGUUGUCAAAGCCAUAGUCUUCUCCAGAGUAACAACCUCUAGCAGUAAAGACUCUCCGCCCAUUUGAUUACCUGCUCUGAUCGCAUGGAAUAGUCAUUCUGAAGUAAUUGCUCUCAGCAGAAUGAUUGAAAACCUUAAUUGUCAGUAAAUGGAAAUUAAAGUGUGGCUGGGAUAAGCUUUAAACACGUCUAGGGAUAAGAGAAACAGUGACAGAAAAGCUGUAUGAAAAAAUGGGCAAAGGAAAAUUGAAGGUGAGGGGACCUAGAGGCAGGGAUGUCUGUGGAGCAGUGUGUAGGCAAAAGUUGAGAAAUAGCCACCUGACAGAGCAGGGAAUGAAGGAAAAGGGUAGAUUCAGAAGGUCAGCUGUUUUG